GUUGUGUUCGCUGAGCAGCAGCAGCUACUGAAUCGCGUCAAGAGGGAAGUGAUGGACGAGAGUGUGACAGGGAAGAUAGCAGCCAGAGAGGGUAUGGUGGACGACCCGGAGUUCUCUCACGAGUGGUAUAUCAACCAGGCGAUCAACAACAAGCGCGGAGACGUUCCAGUGACCGACCUCCGGGUCAAGGACGUUUGGAGAAUGGGAAUCUCCGGAAAGAAUAUUGUUAUUACAAUUAUCGACGAUGGCUUAGAAUCAAACAACACGGACCUGAAAAACAAUUACGAUCCUAAGGCCAGUUAUGACUUGAACGACCACGACAACGACCCGUUCCCGCGAUAUGACCCUACCAACGAGAACAA